AUGAAUGUUUCAAACGUCGAGGGUGAAGAGAUCGAGCAGGAUUACCCAGUCGCUGUUUUGUGGCCUUGGGAUGUUUUAGCUGCACUAUGGGAAUCUGGUCAGUUUCUCAGGUGGGUCUCAGACCAGCCUUCUGAAGCCAGUGACCGCGUGGAAGAGUACUGGCGACAUUGUGUCAAUCUAAGCUUCUUUGACCAGCUAGACCUUCAGGAGGGAGGCUCUUUGGAAACAAAGCUAGUCUUCUUGCUCCUUCGUGAGCAAAUGAUCGUGAAGAACAAGUCCCAUGACAAAGUUGGUCACACUAUAGGGUACGUUGUCAGAACCCUUAUGACUGGAAAGUACCCCAUGACAAAUGUCAAUGGCGAGCGCUUUGACACAAGUUCGCUGCAAGCAGCAAAGGCUGGUUUGCCAUUUGCCGGAGGGUGGAGGCUUUGUUUCGCUGCCUUCAAGGGUGACUGGGAAGCCCGACAAGUAAUCCACAAGAGUACACGCUUCUACAAUGCAAAAUACAUUUGCGAGCAUUGCAUGGCAUCACGUGAGCCCCAGUUCACUUAUGGAGACUUUAGGAUGAAUGCCGCGUGCAUGAGCAAGCGGCUCACCCAUGCAGAGUAUCGCAUCCUUCAGGGAAACAAGCAAUCCUCAUGGGAAUCUGACGUCCUCCAUGUGUACCAUCAAGGAGUGGCAUGUGUCCUGAUCGCCAGCUUGGUAUGCGACACGCUGGAAUCCAAGUACGAAGGAAUCACCCUCAAGGAGAUGGACCAACGUCUUUCCCAAGAAGUUUACAAGCACUACAAAACGUGGUGCAAAGAGCGAGCCGCAUACACGACUGCAUGUUCACACAGGUUUUCGUUGGCAAGGUUCGGGAAGGACACAUGGAGCACAUAUCCAGAGUUGGGAUCCAUAUUUAAGGCAGCCGUGGUCAAAUCAAUGUUGUAUUGGUGCUUGGAUUACCUAAGAGGUGAACAACACACAAGGGGAGGAGACGAGCUCAGACCAUGUACCAUUUUACUCACUUCCAGUUUUUGA